GAAUGCAGUUCCUCCGGAGGAAGGAGUGGGAGGAGGAGGAGAGGAGGAGACAAGAGGAGGAGAGGAGGAGACAGGAGGAGGAGGCCCGGCGGCAGGAGGAGCGUCUGUUCAGAGAGGAGGAGGUGCUGGGCUCCUUCAGGAGAGGCCUCCUGGUGGAGGCCGGAGGUCUACAGAAGUCUCAGGGAGUCUCUCGUCCCUGGAUCUCCUCCUACUUCCUGUUCCUGGGUCAGAACCAAUCAGAGCGCUCCGCCUGUGACCUCUGACCCUGAAUGAGACGUUUUCACACCAGGAAAUUCUGUUUGUGCUGAAUCGUUACGAACAGACGUUUAAUCCAAAAAGCCGCUCAGAUGUUGCAUUUGGUAAGAAAAUGUUGGGAUUGCAUUCACAGGACAAACGGAUCAGACCAGGGUUUGUUGUUACUCAGGUGAGUCCGCCAGAGUCCGGUCAUUUAAAUUAACACCUACGCAAAAGGUCCGGACCAGAGAAAAGGUCCGUUUCAAGCGACUAGACGAACCUGGUGAGAUACUCAGAUCAACAGGUCUGUGUUUGUGUUAUUAGGCACAUAUUGUCUUUAGGGGGUGUAACCAUACGGGUAUAUGUGGGUUUGUAUGGAAGUGGUCGGUUCAGGGCGGAAGUUUAGUACAUUUUAUUUAUGAUGUGAUAUUUCAUAUAUUGUUUGGUUAAAGUUAUUACCAGCCGGCACUUUACAACAGUAUUUUAUUUCUGUUUUAGUAUCAUAUUUUGUAUGAUGUUAGAAUAAAUUGCAAGGUUUACAAACAAUAAACAUGUAAAAAAUAAAA